AAGCAGAGAAGUUUAUGCCAUUGGACAAUGGAACCAGCUGAAAGAGAUGCUGCAUAUACUAAAGAAGCAUUGGAGAAAGCAACACCAAAUUAUUAUAAAAUAAUUAUUGAAAUUGGUUGCACUAGAACUUCAGAAGAGCUUUUGGCUAUAAAGCGUUCAUACCAAUUUCUAUACAAACACUCCCUUGAAGAAGAUGUGGCCUCUCACACAUUUGGUGACAUUAGGAGAUUGUUGGUUGCAAUAGUAAGCACUUACAGGUAUGAGGGACAUGUGCUUGAUGAGAGUGUGGCUAUUUCAGAAGCAAAUAUUAUUCAUCAAAUAAUUGAAAAGAAGGAUUUUAGCAAUGAUGAAAUCAUUAGAAUCUUAAGCACAAGAAGUAAGAAGCAGCUGUGUGUCACUUUCAAUUCCUUUAGGAACAUUUAUGGCUCAACAAUCACCAAGGGAUUAGUAGCCAGUCCAAGUGAUGAAUACUUAGAUGCAUUGAGAACAACUAUUCGUUGCAUUAAGUACCCUCAAAGAUACUUUGCCAAGGUGUUACGCAAUGCCAAGAAUGAAUUGGGAAUUGAUGAUGAUGGUGUUAGCCGAGUUAUAAUCACCCGUGCAGAGGAGGAUCUAAAAGAAAUCAAGGAUCUCUAUUUUAAGAGGAAUAAUGUCACCCUUGAAGAUUUUGUAACUAACAACAUAUCAGCAGAUGGAGAUUACAAGAAUUUUCUUCUUGCUUUGUUAGGAAGUAAUUUCUAACUAUCAUCUAGGACCAGCUUUAAUAUUGAGAGACAAAAUUUCUGAUAUGUUUCAGAAAAUAAUAACAAUAAGAUAUAAACUAAUAAACUCUCUUAAACUUAGACCAUGGUUGGUUCAUGUUUCUUUUUACUGUUAUAGUGAAAAUUAUUCAUUAUCGUUCUAAGUCCUUAUUAUGUUCAUAUAACUUUUGUAUUUGAGAACUAAAAAACACAUUAUCAUCACAUUUCAAUGAAAAUGAAGCUAUGGAGGCAAGUGAUGAAUGAUUCUACAACCAAAAAGAAAAAA